GUACACAUGGUACAUGAUCACCAUCCGUGGGGAGCACUAAGAGAUCAUCGCCUCAGCUGAGCACUAACAGAUUCGACACAGAUUAAACCACCACCUCUCCUCCACCAGGAACAUGACAGGUGUUUUUGUGCUCCUUACUCUAGCAACAUGGUGCUUUUCAGCUGUUGCCCUGGGCAGUGAGGUAGAUUGUAGUAAGUACCCCCGGGGUACUGCGGAGGAUGGCAAAGUACUGACAGCCUGCCCAUUCAUCCUGGAGGAAGUCUGUGGCACAGAUGGCGUCACUUACCCCAGCGAAUGUGGACUGUGCGCACACAAUUCUGAGCAGGGGACCAACCUUGGCAAAAAGCAUGAUGGAAAAUGUCAACAGAACAUUGUGCCGUUCGAUUGCAGUCAGCAGCCCAGGAUUAUUGAUGAGGAUGGCAAAGUCCAGAUGCGCUGCCCUAGGAUCCUGGCUGAGGUCUGUGGCACAGAUGGCGUCACUUACCCCAAUGAAUGUACGCUGUGUGCCCAUAACCUUGAACAUCAGAAAAACAUUAUAAAAAAACACGAUGGAAAAUGUGAACAGGAAAUUGUGCUGCUUGAUUGCAGUCAGUACCUCAGGACUAAAGCUGAGGAUGGCAAAGUCCUGAUAGGCUGCCCCAGGAUCCUGGCUGAGGUCUGUGGCACAGAUGGCGUCACUUACUCCAAUGAAUGUACGCUGUGUGCCCACAACCUAGAACGCGGGGAAAACAUUAACAAAAAGCAUAAUGGAGAAUGCAAACAUGAAAUCGUCCCGCUUAAUUGUAGUGAGUACCACCACGGCAAAGUCCUGAUACCCUGCCCCAGGAUCCUGGCUGAGGUCUGUGGCACCGAUGGCGUCACGUACCCCAAUGAUUGUAUGCUGUGUGCCCAUAACUUGAAACACCGGACCAGUGUUAGCAAAAAGCACGACGGCAAGUGCAAAGAGAAAAUAGCUGUGAGUGAAUGUACUUCAUACCGCAGGACUACUACUGACAACGGCAAAGUACUGGUAGUCUGCCCCAGGAUCCUGCAAACAGUCUGUGGCACAGAUGGUGUCACUUAUGCCAAUGAAUGCGAGAUGUGUGCCCAUAACCUAGAACAUGGGACCAAUGUCAGCAAAGAACACGAUGGAAGAUGCAAACGGGAAGUUGUGCCGGUGGAUUGUAGUAAGUACCGCCGGGUCACUACGAAGGAUGGCAACGUUCUGACAGCCUGCCCACUUAUCCUGGAUGAGGUCUGCGGCACAGAUGGCGUCACUUACCCCAGCGAAUGUGGGCUGUGUUCCCAUAACUUCGAACGUGGAACCAGUAUUACCAAGAAACACGAUGGGAAAUGCAAACAGGAAACGGCAGAGGUUGACUGCAGUGAUUAUGUUGAACCCAGCCCCAUCUGCACACUGGAGUACUUUGCCCAUUGCGGCUCUGAUGGCACAACCUACAGCAACAAAUGUCACUUCUGCAACGCAGUCGCGGUAACCAAGGGAGCUCUCACCUUCAACCAUUUUGGAGAAUGUUGAAUCCUCAGGGGUGCUGAGCCCUGAGAGAGAGCCUGCCUUUGCUUCACUUCCCAUUGGCAGAUCCUUCAUAAAGACCUAUCCUCAGUGCAGCCAGCACCCUGGGGGCUCUUGAUUUCUCCUAAGUUUCUUGUUCAAUUAAACAAAACUCACCAGUA